AUGAUGGGCCUAUAUUUUAUUUUUUUUGCAUUAUUAUCCCAAUUCUCAAUUUGUGGUUGUGGCUUCUGUUCAUUUGUGAAAAUCCUGAGCCAGGAAUUAAUGAAUGGUUUAACUUUGCAGAUUGGGUUCAAAAAGGUUCCAAAAACAGAAAAGAGAAACGAUCAACCAAAAAAAGUGAAGUCAUGGCCUCUCUUCUCAGUCCCUCCGCAGCAAUUUCUUUGCAACCUAAGUUGAAUCGUACAAGUUUUAGUGCAAUCUCUCCAAAUACACCAUUCAAAAAUUCCCAAACUGUUUUGGGCAAUGGGAGAUGUCAAGGGUUAUGUUUCAAGACAAAAGCUACGGGUUCUGUUGAAGGAAGUGUACUUGAGAAAGAAUCAGCUGGUAUCAAUGACAAGAUAGAUUAUGGAGUUAUUGGUGUUCACCAUGUUGGAAUUCUGUGUGAAAACCUGGAAACAUCGCUUCAAUUUUAUCAGAAUAUUUUAGGUCUUGAAAUAAAUGAGGCUAGGCCACAUGAUAAGCUUCCAUACAGAGGUGCUUGGUUGUGGGUGGGUUCUGAGAUGAUUCAUUUGAUGGAACUUCCAAAUCCAGACCCCUUAACCGGAAGACCUGAACAUGGGGGCCGAGACCGUCAUGCUUGUAUUGCAAUUCGGGAUGUAUCUAAGCUGCAAGCAAUCCUUGACAAUGCUGGUAUUCCCUACACACUUAGCCGAUCUGGUAGGCCAGCAAUCUUUACACGAGAUCCAGAUGCUAAUGCACUAGAAUUUACACAAGUUGAUGUCUGAGAUGUUUUGGCAUUCAAAGCUUGGAUUUCUAGAGAUAUCCCAGGUCCCUUUCUCUCCCAGGAUAAAAAAAAAAUGUACAUAAUAAUCGAUAAUGCCAAGUGUUCAUACCAUGCCAUUGGGACUGGCAACUUGCUAUAGAUGAACAAGGAUGUAAUAACCAAAUCCCGAAUCAGCUUGCUUGAAUUUCCCAGUGGGUUUUUGGGAUGAUGAUCAAAAUCAUAUCAGUCAGAAAGGCUACAAUUUACGAUCAAAUGAAAUGCUACAAAAUUCUACAGUUGUCAAUAGGAAAGGAUAGUUACUAGUUAUGGAUAUACAUGUAACUGUAUGAAUAUACAGAUGUCUAUUUAUUUUUAUGGGUGGAUAGGCUCCUCAUAUUGCUUGAAUGGCAAUUCAAAAUGUAACCAAACAAGGGAUGAAACGCAAAAAGAUACCAUCUAUGCUA